AUGGAUGUUUAUAGAUAUCCUCCGUAUCAAUACGGGCAGUCAGAUGAACUAGCAAAACAAAUGUUAGCCCAACAAGCCCUGUCUACAGGAACAGGACUCCCAUACCACCGAACAGGCCAAGAGCCGCAUACAAUGCCAGCACCAUCUAGUGCUCCUUGGAAUGUCCAAGGAGUUCCUUGGGGAAUGACUUCGCCUCCUCAAUUAGUUCAGUUCACUGCACAAACAUCAGCAUUGGAAUCUCAACCAACUCCCGUGUUACAUUGCAAGAGAAAAAGCUUUGAUGUCGAACCCGUUAUACCAGCAAAGCAGCUAAUAACAGAAGAAAAAAUGGCAGCCCAUUUAAGUGGACUUCACAUUUCAUCAGACUAUACAUCACAUUCAUUAUCAAAACAACCAGAAGAAACCAUGGAUAUUGCGAUGGAGUCAACAGUAUCUAUAAGCGAUAAACUUAAAGGUCACAAAAUUGUUCUAUCCGAAGAGCUCAAAAAGUUACAAGAAGAACCUUUAUUACCUCCUUCACUGAUAGAAAGAUUAGAAAAACCACACAUGUCACUGGUGGUUUGGAAACCUAAAGAAAAUAUAUUAAACCUAGAAAAAAUAAAAGAAGUGGAAGAGAAACCACAAGAGGAACAGAAGAGAAGAAAUGGGAUUUUAGUCAGUGACCUAACGGGAAUGGAAGUUGAAAUGUCA